UCACUCAAGUAUCAAGUUGUUUGGGAAAUCAAAUAAACUAUUAUCUAAAAGUACUCUACAAACCGAUGAAGUCAUCCAUCUCAAAUUUCUUAAGGGAAGGUUCUAGUGAAGUGCGAUGGCCUAUAUAUAAAACUUGAAAAUGAUAUUUCUUCCCACAUGUUUAUUGAAUUAAAGUCAACAAAUGGAAGGUAAGAUGACACUACUUUAAAAAGUUUAAAUUGGCCAUGAAACUAAGGAAACAUUUGUGGUAAUUCUUUUCUUCUCUUCCUAAGAUGACAAACCAAUCCAUUAUUCAUUCCUUUCAAUGUUUUAUAUUUCUUACCUUCAUUUUUCCUUUCAACUCAUUAGCUUCUUCAUCAAUUCGUCCUCAUUACUUGCAAGAAGGUGCCACUUUAUCCGUGGAAGAUCAUGAUUCCAGAUUCAUCACAUCCCCAGAUCAGACAUUUACUUUCGGGUUUUACGAAAUUGGAACCAACGCUUAUUCAUUAGCCAUCUGGUUCACAAAUUCAAAGCACAAAACAGUUGUUUGGAUGGCAAACAGAGAGAAGCCCGUGAAUGGUGUCGGGUCAACGCUUUCCUUGAGGAAGAAUGGAGCAAUGGUCUUACUAGAUGUCGAUGGAAUGGUUUCAUGGCAGACAAACACAACUUCUAGUGACAUUGAUCGAGCUGAGCUUCUUAAUUCAGGCAACCUGGUAAUCAAAAACCUCAAAGGUGAUAUAAAAUGGCAGAGCUUUGAUUAUCCUACAGAUACUCUGUUACCUACUCAAAUCUUUACCAAGAACAAGAGGUUAGUGUCUGCUUUAAGGAAAGGAGGCUACGAAUCCGGUUACUUCUACAUGAAUUUCGACAGCGACAAUGUUUUGAGGUUGGUUUAUGAUGGCCCUGAGAUUUCCAGCAUAUAUUGGCCUAACCCUGAUAUUGGUAUGUACCAGAACGGAAGAACAAACUACAACAGCAGCAGAGUUUCUGUUCUUGAUGAUAAUGGUAUGUUCUUGUCAAGUGACGGGCUGAAUUUCAAAACUAUCGAUAUGGGUUUCGGGAUCAAAAGAAGGAUGACAUUAGAUCAUGAUGGGAAUUUAAGAGUCCACAGCUUGAACAACUCGACCGGCUUGUGGUAUGUUUCAUGGCAAGCUGUAUCAAGGGCGUGUGAAGUCCGGGGAUUGUGUGGAAGAAACGGUAUUUGCAUUUAUUCCCCGGAGCCUAAAUGUUCAUGUCCUCCUGGAUUUGUGGUUACUGAUCCUAGUGAUUGGAACAAGGGUUGCAAGCCCACAUUCAAUCUUAGCAACUCUAUCAAUCAGCCAUUUAAAUUCGUGAUGAUUUCUAUGGUUGAUUACUAUGGUUUUGAUAUCAAUUCGACAAAUUCCGUUUCAUUAGAAGUUUGCCAAAAAAUUUGCCUAGAGGAUCCAAAUUGCCAAGCAGUUAACUACAGGUUGACAGGGACUGGGGUUUGUUACACGAAAAGGGCGCUUUUCAAUGGCUACCGGGCUGAAGAUUCAACUAUAUUCCUCAAAGUCCCUCGAAAUCUGUCAAUCUCAGAGCCGGUAAAACUCCACGGCUCUAGUGCAAGAUGUGAAUCUAAUACAAGAGAAACAGUGGAAGGUUACUCGUCUAUGUACAUUACAGGCUCAGGGACUAGAAAGGUGAUGUGGAUCUACCUCUACUCAUUUUGUUUCUCUCUUUUGGGUAUUGAAUUCGUGUUUGUUCUUCUGGGUUGGUUUUUCUUGUUUCGGAAAAGCGAUUUAUCAGCUACAGUUGAGGCAGGGUAUCAGAUGAUUGCCAGUCAAUUUAGUAGAUUUAGCUAUAAUGGACUCAAGAAGGCAACCAAUAAUUUCAAGGAAGAGCUUGGGAGAGGAGGGUCGGGUAUUGUUUACAAGGGUACAUUGGCAAAUGGAAGGAUGGUUGGGGUGAAGAGAUUAGGUGAUGUUCUUCAGGGUGAUGAAAAUUUGUGGGCAGAGAUGAGCGUUAUAGGGAAAAUCAAUCACAUGAAUCUUGUCAGAACAUGGGGAUAUUGUUCUGAAAAGAGGCACAAGCUCUUGGUUUAUGAAUAUGUAGAGAACUCUUCCCUGGACAAACAUUUGUUCAGCACAAAAGAAUUUCUGGGAUGGAAACAAAGGUUUGCAGUGGCUUUAGGAACAGCAAAAGGUCUGGCCUACCUUCAUGACGAGUGUCUCGAAUGGGUCAUCCACUGCGACAUAAAGCCGGAGAACAUACUUCUGGAUGGCGAUCUUCACCCCAAGAUUGCUGAUUUUGGUCUUGCUAAGCUCUACCAGAGAGAGGAAAGAGGACCCAGCUCAGAGUUGUCAAGAAUUCGAGGAACGAAAGGCUACAUGGCACCAGAAUGGGCUCUGAACCAACCCAUUACAGCAAAAGUUGAUGUGUAUAGCUACGGAAUUGUGAUCCUGGAAAUGGUCAGCGGAAUUAGGCUUUCAAGCUGGACUAUUGAUGAUGGUAAUAAUCAACCAGAAACGGAGCUGACAAAAUUAAUGCGGAUAAUUGAGGAAAAAGAAGAAGAGUCCUGGAUAGAAACAGUAUUGGAUCCAAGAUUGAAAAGAAAUGUUAGCAAAAAACAAGUUAUCACCUUGAUCAAGGUUGGCUGUUCUUGUGCGCAGGAGGACAGAAACAAGCGGCCUAGAAUGGCUUCUGUGGUAGAGACUUUACUUCAAUCUGUAUCGAGCAAUGACGAGGACCCCAUACUGUAACGGUAUAUUUUCCUCUUCGAUCUCUCAAUUAUAGUAAAAUUUAUGCAUUGCAUGUAUUGGUGACCAACAAGGUUGAUCCUCUGUAACAAAAUAGAUUAGUACCGAC